ACGUCGCUGGGAGGUAAUUGUGUGUAACAUGCCUUGGUUAAUGUUUACACGUAUGUCUGGUAGUGUAUUGCAUUGUCCUCUUUUCAAAGUUUGCAACACACUUCUGCCAAGGCACGCCUCAAAAAUGGCUUCAGACUCUCACUGGCUCACUGCCUCAGAAAGGGAGCAGCUUCUCAUGGAGCUGAAGGCCACGGGAUGGAUUGAAGUGGAUGACCGUGAUGCUCUUUACAAGGAGCUGGAUUUCAAGACCUUCAAUCAGGCUUUUGGAUUCAUGUCACGAGUGGCUCUGCAAGCGGAGAAGAUGAAUCAUCACCCUGAGUGGUUUAAUGUCUAUAAUAAGGUUCAGAUAACACUGACUACACAUGACUGUGGAGGGUUAUCAAAAAAAGAUAUCAAACUUGCCAAGUUCAUAGACAAAGUGGCUCUGACUAUGUAGCUUAAGGAUUCUUUUGUGUUCUGUGAUUUGAAUAUGGAUUAAAAAAAUCUGUAAUAUAUGAAAAAUUUUGAAAUGUAUGUAAUUAUCUUCUAUUAUAAAGUACUUGAUGAUUUACAGAACAAUAAAUGCAGUCACUUCUGUUACAGUUGGGUCACUUAAACGUGAGAUGUUUAUUCCUCAUGCCUGGAGAGGAUGUAGACCAUGUGGAGGUGCUUAGGUCUUCAAGCAGAAUCUUAGUUCUGUUUGAGGGGGGUAAUUUGGUUUAACUGUAAAAGUGAUUGCCCAUAAAGACAAGAAAUAAAAUGUAAAGUACAUUUUUUAAUAAAUUUAAAUUAAAGGUUGAAAUGCACAUGUUUUGAUAAGUAAAUAUACUCCAUAGCAAAAAUAAGAAAAGUUGGAAAAACUGUGCCAAACCUAAUAUUGUUAGUUGCCUUAUUAGAAAUGUCAGUAUGUACUGCUUUGUAUGGCUGAAGGGCAAACUGCCCGCAUAGGGAGGGAACUUCUAUAGAAGGAUAGACAGUAAUGGCAAAAGACUCAAAGAAUGUAACUUCAGAAAUGUCAGAUGUGAAGUUUGCAGUGCAAAAUGUAAUUAAUUUAUUCUGUGUGUCAUGUGUGGUGUAAUGUUUUAAUAUUAAUUGAGAAGAAAACUUUACUAUAAAAUUUUAAGUAUAUGUGCAGUUGUGUGCCUUCAGUACUUUUCUUGCUGUCAUUUCUAAGCUGUUAAUUAUAUGGAACUUUAGAAUAAAUUGAUUUGAUAUUA